GCACAGCUCCAUCUUGGAUGUGCACUGGACUGCAUUACAAACAGACGAUACCAUCGCUUCAACAGCAGCCUUCAGACAAGAGGUCACCUGUCCUCGAAGUUUAAAGGACUGGAAAUAGAAAUACACUGAGCCAACAAGGUGAGAAGGAUCCACAAAGAUUCAAAAGAACAAUACAAGAAGUAGAAUCCCUAAGAAUGGCCUCCCUGAGCUCCAGCCUCUGGAAUGAAACCACUACAUCUGUUUAUCAGUACCUUGGUUUUCAAGUUCAAAAAAUUUACCCUUUUCAUGAUAACUGGAACACUGCCUGCUUUGUCAUUCUGCUUUUAUUUAUAUUUACAGUGGCAUCUUUAGUGGUGUUGGCUUUUCUGUAUGAAGUGCUUGACUGUUGCUGCUGUGUAAAAAACAAAACUGUGAAAGACGUGAAAAGUGAACCUAACCCUCUUAGAAGCAUGAUGGACAACAUCAGAAAACGUGAAAUUGAAGUGGUCUAGCACUCUACCUAAAAUGAACAAAAUCUCUGAAAACAGCCUUCAACUACUGAGAAAAAAGAAUUUUCUGAGGCCAACUGUUAUUAUGAAAAUUGACUCUGAAUGAUUAAAAGAUUUCUAAAAGAAGGAAAAACAAGUCAAAUAUGCACUUUUUGUGUGUGUAUCCCUUUCAUUAAAUGUACAGUAAAACUUCACAAAUGUGAAUAAGUUACCAAUCUACUUAAAAUCACAAUUCAAAAACUGGAUAAAAGAUUCCUAGAUUUCAAUAUUAAGCAACAAAAGGUGAGAGAAUGUCAGUCACAGUUCAGAAAAAGUCCAAGUACAAAGUCUUCUCACUGUCUGGUUUAAUACGAGGAGAAAUUGAGACCAUGCUUCAACCGGUCCUCUGCCAUUACUCA